UUUAGCAAUGAGUUCAAACAAUGAGUCACUUAAUGGCUCAUCAUCUUGUGGAAAACUCGACGUUUCGCAGUACCGAAAAUUUUUGAAUGAAUUACAAAGUCAUGCAAGCGAGCUGUGGAAGACGGCACUGUGUCGUACUCCUACUUCGAAUACAACGGAAUUGCUGGGGGAGCAUAUGAUGAUUCGAAAAUCCUUAUCGGAAAUUGAAAUUAUACAAAAAACAUUUUCACGGAGUUCGGAAAUUGAUUUAACAUACUCGGAACGGCGUAAAGCAGCUUUAGCAGAUUUUCUGCAUUGGGCCAAUAUGGUUGGAAUUUCUCAUUGUUUCGUAGAAAUUGCAUAUGAAGAAAAUAUGGAUGGAUUUGGUUUGAUAAGUUCAGAUUAUGCUCCGGUUGGGUCAGAGUUGUUAAGAGUACCUCGAAAGGCAAUCUUCUCAUUAGACCAGGCUCGACGAUCGUCUUUCUUAAAGUAA